AUGAAUGGAAUAGGCCUUUCAGAAGCAAUCAAAAGAUUAAAAAAUAUAAGUGAAAAAAUUUUUAAGGAUUUUUAUGAUAUUCCUGAAGAGAAAGAUAGAGACAUUAAAAUACUUAUUAAAGAAUUGCAAGAUUUAUAG